CCACCCCAUCUGACCCAAUAGUGACAUGCCCUGGCGUCACACCCAAAUACGCAUGCGCACAAAGCGAGUAUCCAGGAAGUUGUGCUUGGUGAAAGAAACAAACGGAGAAAGUGCGAUAGAGAGCUGGAUAUUUAUGCUGUAUCAGGCAGCCAAAAUAAACAACCGAACAUGUCAGGAUUCGACAGCAACCCUUUUGCGGACCCAGUGGACGUCAACCCGUUUCAGGAUCCUUCGGUUACACAGCUGACCAAUUCUAGUUCAGAUGGAAUUGAAGGAUUUAAUCCAUUUACUGAAAACUCCAAGCUGACUAAUCCAGCACAGACCACAAUUCCUGCUCAGAUUGCACCUUCUCAGCCAGCCGUGCUGCAGCCUUCAGUUGAGCCCAGCCCACAGGCCACAGCUUCAGCUGCCCAGGUAAACCUCCUGAGACAACAAGAAGAGCUGGAGAGGAAAGCAGCGGAGCUGGACCGCAGGGAACGGGAAAUCCAAAACAAGAGCUCGGGUUCUACCAAAGAAAAUAACUGGCCCCCUCUUCCAAGGAUAUUUCCAGUGAAGCCUUGCUUCUACCAGGACUUUGCUGAGGACAUUCCCCCAGAUUUCCAGAGGACAUGCAAGAUGAUGUACUACCUGUGGAUGUUUCAUUCAGUGACUCUGUUCCUGAACUUGCUGGCAUGCCUGGCAAUAUUCACUGUAAGCAGCAGCAACGGGGUUGAUUUUGGCUUGGCAAUCCUGUGGUUUGUUCUUUUUACCCCCUGUGCAUUCGUCUGCUGGUACAGGCCUGUCUACAAAGCCUUUAGGUCCGACAGCUCUUUCAAUUUCUUUUUCUUCUUUUUCGUCUUUUUCAUCCAAACGGCUGUCUAUAUUAUCCAGGCAGUCGGCAUCCCCCACUGGGGUAACAGUGGCUGGAUUCUUGCCUUGUCUGUGAUUGGCACCAACAAUGCUGUAGCUAUCAUCAUGAUGGUGGUGGCUGGUUUCUUCACUGCCUGUGCGGUCAUGGCAAUCAUCCUGCUAAAGAUGGUGCACUCGAAGUACAGACGGACCGGCGCCAGCUUCCAGAAGGCCCAGGAGGAGUUCUCGCAGGGCGUUUUCACAAACAGAACCUUCCAGAGUGCUGCUUCCACAGCUGCUUCCACUGCGGCCCAGAAUGCCUUCCAGCAGGGGAACUAGCGGGGCUGGGCCUGGCCACCUUGUCAGCUCCCUGUCACAACCCUCCUGCCUAUUUUAAAAAGAUGCACUUUCAUGAAAGUAAAAUAACUCUAAGCAUUGUGUGCCUACUUAUCUUUGACUUGGUUUGGUCUUAAUAUCAGGAGUGUUUUUGUUUUUGUUUUAAUAUGUAGGGUGGUUAUAAAGUCAGUAUGCCACUUUGUAAAGCUGCUGUGAAAAGAAAAGAACAUAGCUGAUGGCAGCUGUAAGAUACCAUGUCUGACCUCACCCAGUGUACUUGGACUAACUUCUUUUUCAAAAAAGUGAUCAUCCAAAGCAGCAAAAUAUUGGAUUUUUAAACAGAGACAAAAACUUCUCGGGGCACCUGGCGUCCUUGGGAAUGGGCUUCCACAGCAGCAGUGAAAUUAGCAUACUGAAUUUGCAGCAUUUUUUAAAGCUUCAUUCCCAUUUCCCCCCCUAAGGACACUCCUGUAAUUCUGAUUUAAUUGAAUGUUUUUUGGGGUUUUUUUUUUUAAAGGCGAAUCAUUGGUGAUGGCAAUCUUCCUUCCUGUAUUUACCCUCUUUUUUCCCCCCUUUUGGAGUUCCAAGAAGGAACUCAAAGUUAUAGAACACAUAUUCUCUAGUCUCUUUUCAAAGGGUGAGCUUUUUCUAAGGGGAGUCCAAUGCUUGUUAGUGCAGGUGCUAAGGGGGAGUAAUAUACAGUACAAUGCUGAAAGAACACAGACAAUGUAAUCAUGAGAUGUAACCGUUUAAAAUAUCUUGAAAAUCUAAACGUUGUUAUGGGUGAGGAAGGAAUUUGCCUUUUGAUUGAACAAAUAGCUGUUUAAAGGCAGAUUUUGCUUCUUCGUUUUCUAAAGUGGUAUUGAAGGGGAUGAGACAUUACUCCUAACAAGCAUGGCUACUGUUCCUGGAUUAGAGUGUAGGUUCUGUACCAUUUGUGGUGACCGUGCCAUUAUUAUAUUCUGGUUUGGGAAGUCCUCUUCUACAGUGAAGAGAAAUGGAAGACAGGAACACCAGAUUGAGCUGUGUGACACUGGCAUAGCCAGCAGACAGUGACCAGCCCGGCUUUGUUUAGCACUGACACUGAUUUAUUAAACUGCUAACCCUGUGUGGUAUCAAUCAGAUAUUUCUUUGAAAAUAAAAGCUUAUAUAUUCGUCUGUAAUGAAGGAUUACAAAUAAGUAGAUGUAUUAGUUUUGCUAGAAAAGUAAGGUACGUUUAAAAAAUAUUAAGCCUGCCAUUUUUAAUGGCUGGAAAACCUUAGUUGGCAUCUGAUUCGGGGUGCUGUCCUUCAGAAUAGGCUAAAUGUAAAAAUGUCUCAAAAUGUGUGGGAUUCUGAAGUUUGUAUGACUUGUUUCAUGUUUUUUCCUUAUAAAUAUACAGGGAUGAAAUAUGACUCCUUGAUAGGUAUUAUUUACUGGAUGUGUUUUUACUUUAACUUAAAAGUGUGACUACUAAACUAGAAUGAGUCAAACUCCUAUGUAAUAGGAUUCAUGUUUUCCCCCUGUAUUUGUGAAUAAUAUAUAUAUAUAUAUAUAUAUAUAUAUAUAUAUAUAUAUAUAUAUAUAUAUAUAUAUAUAUAUAUAUAUAUAAUGUGUAUGUGUGUGUGUAUAUAAGUAACUCUUUAAAGCUUAUUGUAGAGGAAGCCUGAUGUACAGCAUUAGAUAUACAGUGUGUUUAAAGCAAGCUGAACAUUAUCUAGUCCUGUUUUUUAAGAAAUCUGUACUUGGUGGAUGCUGUACAUUCUGGGGUUGUAUUUGUAGAGGAUUUAAUUUGUGUUGUGUGCACAUCUUUUAACAUCUAGGUUUGCAUCAGGUAGACAUGUCUGUGUCUAAAGAUGUAUCUUCUGCUGCAAUAUAGUGCAGUUAAAGUAUAUUAACAUAAAUGUACUGAUGUUUAAUGGUGUACACCGAGCAGCCUGAAGAAAGACAGUAAUUCAGCACAAUUUUACCCAAAAGUGAGUUUUUAUUAAAAAAAUUCAAAAAAAAUUCAAAAAAAAAAAAAAAAAGAACCUGAUGUCAGUAUUGCCUAAGGAGUGCUGCAUGUUAUAAGAAUGUGUUUUGUCACUUCAUCUGCAGAGGUCUUUUUGUUUGAUUGAAGUGCUAAUAGCAAGCAUAUCCUGCUUCAGGUGGAGGGUGGUGUUUGCUGUUCUGCUCAGGCAGGGUACUUUUCCAUUCGUGGAGCUGAAGUCUGAUGUGGAGCUAACCGUUUACAACACCAGAUUGCUUCAGUUAGCUCAGCAGUCUGAAUUUACAAUCACAAUAGGUUUUUUUUUCUGCUAAAGGACAACAGCAUAUAGAGUGAUAUAAGGGGCUACAUGCUAAAAGUUUAAAUGGACUGUUGAAUUCAGUGCUGUUUGCUAUACUUGUCUUUUCCCUUCCCUUCCCUUCAUGGCAAGAAGGCCAGUUCAUAACUUUCCUGUACAUGGCACAGUAAGAACAACAUUCAUAGAAUUGCAGCAAACCUAGUCAGAGAAACACUUGAUAGGAUCACAGAUACUCUGAAUAAACCACCAUUCUGUUCUUGCUUUCCUUGGACAGGACUAGGUUCAGUUGUGUAAUCAUUGAAAUAUUUCUUAUUUUAUAAGGGAAUUUAAGACACUGCAUUCACUAAAUUAAAAGUUUUAUAAAUGGAUUGUGUACUUUUAUUUGGGUAUAAUUUGAGCACUGGGCAUUUAGCCAAGGAAGUGAUACUUUCUCCUGUGAUUGCAACCUAUUCUCUUUUGGCUGAAAGUAUUCUUCUUUUGCAAAGCAGUUGAAGUGUUUUUAAGGUGGUGUCUUAAUGAAUGGCAUAUUUAACAACACAUUUCUUAGGUAUGCACAUUGAAAAAGGCUGUAGAUAGUCCUGAUCUGUACUGUUCUGUCCCUGUAAUGUUAUAAUGGAGGUAAAAACAGAUCUAGAACGGAGGGUGUACUUUAUUUAUAUAAAUUAUUAAACACUCUUGGCAUCUGACACAUUGUAAUAGUUUAAAAUGUGUUCUUCAGAAGAGUGGACACUGGUAAGGUCAUAUGAACUCCUUCCCUUGUUGCUUUUUGUUCGCUCUGCCAGGUGUCAAAAUAAUGUCCUGUUUGACAAAAAAUCAGACAGCAAAUGUGAUUCUUGCUUGCUUAGAAUUGUUUUGCAGCUGCUUUGAAGUGGCAUUUGAUUGUGACUAGUUUUACAUUUCUCAGCAGCACAGGUUUCAAACUGAAUGACUAGGAGUUUUUGCAUAUUACAAACAGGUUUUCCAAUUUUGCCGUAGGAUCCUAGGUAAACACAGACGAUUGUCUUUCUCUCGGCUAAUUCUUACUGCUGUUUUAAUGGUGUAAAAUCAAUGGGGUUAGUAAGAUGGUGUCUUUAACUGUAUAUGGGAUGUUCAGUAAUGCAUUUUAUUACCAAUGUUUUUUUGUUUCAAUUUUCAUGUAAAAUUGUAAAUGCCGUUAAUUGAACCCUUUUGUGCUGAAAUAAAAAAAAAUGACAACAAA